GAGUUGCCGGUUCGCCGGCGCCAUUUUGGGUCAGAGGUCAAACGGAGCCACCCACGCCAGAAACACACUGAAAACCACGCGCGGAGCUGUAUUGUUCUUGUUCUUGUUCUGUUUUACCAGUUUAACGUGAUUUUUUCCGGGAAAAGUAUAUCUACAGAGUGCAACAGGCUGGAGCAAGCCAAGGAUGUCGAGGAGGCAAUGCUGUGUGUUCGGUUGUCACAACGGUGGCAAAGCACUAAACAAGUGGAGGGAUGAACAAUGCAUCAUACAUAACAAGGUCCACCGCAGCUGUGAAUGCAUGGAACCUUUCCAGCUGCUUUCAUUCCCUACAGUAAACAAGGAUCCUGGGGCCAGGAAGGAAUGGACCAGACGAGUUGGACGAAAGAUUAAGGGCAACAAAAACUGGGAACCAAAUAAUGACUCUCGUAUUUGCUCAAUGCAUUUUGUGGAUGGCAAGCCUACUGACGAGAACCCGUACCCAACAGAAGGGAUGGGAUAUGCGUUAAACAGAUACACCACCACACCAAAACAAAGGAAGAAGCCAGCACCUCGCAUGACUGUAGACAGUGCUUCCAAAAAGAAGUGCACAGCAGCAUCUGAGGAGGAGACAGGCGCCAGUGGUAGCAGCUACCCUACAUACAGCUCCAUUCAGGACCAUGACUAUGGUGUUCCAUCUCGUGAAGAUAAAGAUGCCACGAUCCAAAGGCUCAAAUUGAUGAACACACAACUGAAACUGGAGGCUGCAACUGCCAAAUUAGAAAGUGCCAAUUUACAUAAGCGUAUUGUCAGUUAUGACAAGCUCAGUGAUGACAGCAAGGUACAGUUUUACACUGGGCUGCCAAACCGCAAGGCGUUAGAAGGGCUAUACAAAUACCUUGCCCCAAAGCUCGAUCGCAUACGCUUCUGGAGGGGAGCUAGUGCCAUCCCAAGAGGUGUUCGGACAUUCAAGAAGUCACCAAAAAAGUCCGGGCCUGACAGAAAGCUGAGUGGGAAGAAUUUGUUGGUGAUGACGUUGAUGAAGCUGAGGCUUGGCUCACUGAAUGAAGAUCUGGCUGACAGGUUUGGAGUCUCGACAGCAACCUGCUCCCGUGCACUUACAGCGACACUGAAGUUCAUGGCCUCAGAACUUAAGUGCAUGAUCUUCAAGCCCAGCGAGGAAGUCAUGAGAGCCAACCUGCCAAGAAGGUUUCGGGACUACCCCCUGUACAAAGAUGUUCGACACAUCAUUGACUGCACAGAAUUCUUUAUAGAAACACCCACAAAUCUCGAGGCAAAGGCACAGACGUGGUCUAACUACAAGCACCACCAGACGGGUAAGUGCCUGGUGUCCAUUACCCCUAAUGGACAUUUCAACUUCGUGUCUGAAGUCUGGGGUGGCAGAAUCAGCGACAAAGAGCUGACACAGGUAUCCGGUUUCCUGGACAUUCUAUCCCGGGGCGAGGUUGUCAUGGCCGAUCGUGGCUUCCCCAUAGCUGAAGAUGUUGCUCAGCAUUAUGCGCAUUUGCUGAUCCCACCCGGCAAGAGGGGCAGCCACCAGAUGACAAAGGCACAGGUUGCAACUACAAAGAAGAUAGCCAACCGGCGCAUCUUCGUUGAGCAGGCAAUCAGACGUCUGAAAACCUUCCGGAUUCUGAAGUAUGAAGUGCCCAUAACUCUGGUGCCUCAGCUUGAUGACAUGGUCACAGUCUGUGCGGCACUUUGCAACUUACUGAACAACCUGGUUAAGUAUUAGUUUCAGUUGUAGUAUGCAAUCGGACUAAGCAUUGGAUGGACACAUAACACUUUGUGCAAAGACAGUAGUUAUUUUGUAAGUUGUAUAGUUUGUAAGAAGUAAAUCCUGAGUGGGUAGUUACAUUGGUAUUGGCAAUCUUCAUAUCUUACCUCAUAUGUUGCAUUGGUGGUCACACAGAAGAAAGCACCUUACUCGACACAGAUGAACUUGGUAACAAAAACAGAAACAACACAUUUCACAUGUAACAAUGGUAACA